AUGCUAGGAGAAACCCCAGCUAAGGCAGGAAGGACGACCUCUGACUGCUCCACAUCGUCUAUCACAGCUUUGGAUUACAUUGAAAAUCAACUUAGAUUAGAACAACAUGCGCGCGAGAGCAUGCCUUAUGAACCUGACAAAUGCACAUUCAAUGACCCUAUUGAAUUGAUUGGCCGGCAACAGGUUUAUGCAUGCUUGACAUGCUUUAAAAAUCCUCGCAAUAAAGGUCAGAGAAAUGGAAUUUGUUACUCGUGCAGCAUUCAGUGUCAUGGCGAUCAUGAUUUGGUUGAGCUUUUUACGAAGCGGAAUUUUACUUGUGAUUGUGGAACUACCAGGAUGGAAAGUGCUGGUGGAUGCAAUUUACGAAAAAAUUUUAGUUCUCUAGAUCCUCCUGAGUCUGUCACAAAUAUGUAUAAUCACAACUUUGAAGGUCGAUUCUGCGACUGUGAUGAACCGUUUGUACCAGAAGAACAAAAAGGGGCCAUGUUUCAGUGUUUACUUGGUGAUGUCUGCGAUGAGGAUUGGUUCCACGAAGAAUGUAUUUUGGGAUUAAAAGUUGGAAGUGUUUACAAGGGUGAACAAAAGCCAGUCACAUCACGGGUAUACCCUCAAGGCGAAAAUGUACUAGAUAAGUUGCAGAGUGCGUCAGAAGAUAACGUUAAAGAUAAAAUUAAAAAGGAAAAUGAUAAUCAAGACGAAGAGGAAGAAGAGGAUGUUGACGACUUAACUUUACCAGGAUUACCAAAUGCAGAUCGAUUUGAUUCUUUUAUUUGUUGGAAAUGCGUGGAGAAGAAUCGUGCCAUGUUUGAGCUGUUAGUCAAACUAGACACCUCUGCAAUUGUUGCCAUAGUUCCUCACAGUAGCUGGGCUUCGCUUGAAGAACGCAACAAUGCACUAAGAAAACGAUUUGCAGAUGAUGAACCAGGAGCUACAAGCGAGCAACAACCUUCCAAAAGGAUCAAAACAGACAAGAACAAUUUUAAAAGUAUUAUUGAUGACUCUACUUUGGACAUGCCAUUGUCAAAGGAGGUAAAUCCGAAGUACGAAUUCUCUGUAUUUCUUUCUCCUCAGUUUCGGACCAAGUUUCGCCACGCAAUGGCCAGUAAAACUGCACCGCCGCCGGUCGGGCUGCGCAAGUUUUUGGAGACUAAAUUUCCGUUUCUUUUGGAAGAAGAGAAUAUUUACGAACCUCCUGAAGAUGAUGAUGCUCAUAGUUCAUUGCUAGAUGCCGGAGAACGUGCUUUGAAUUCUAUUCCCCGACAACAGGCUAUUAAAGGUUUGGAAGCGUAUGCUAUGAUUAAGCAGCGAUUGAGUGACUUUUUUAAACCGUUUGCUGAAGAAGGCAGAGUAGUUACAGAAGAAGAUGUAACUGGAUUUUUCCAGCACAUGGAUGAAGAAAAGAAAAAUGGUAGGAAUAUGUAA